AUGCUAAUUGCCUUCGAAAUUUUUCUCUUUUUUUCUUCUCCUUCCACAUUUUUAUACUUAUUCAUUCGUUCUUUUCGUACUGUUAUUCUUUCUCGUUCUUCUUCAUCUUCUUCUUCUUCCUCUUCUUCUUCUUCUUCUUUUCUUCUUCUUCUUCUUCUUCUUCUUAUUAUUAUUAUUAUUAUUUACCACUUCAUUUCAUUACCACGAUUGCAUCCUUUUUCGUUUUACUCUAGUAGUAGCAGUAAUGUUUCUCUUUUCUUAUUCGCCGUCCUCUUUUUGUUUUUCUUGAUGUCGCCAUUAUUUCCAUUCCUCCAGCCUCGAAUCUUCUUCUUCUUCUUCUUCUUCUUCUUCUUCUUCUUCUUCUUCGUCAUCAUCAUUUUUCAGCUUCUUUUUUGCCUUCUCGAUCAUCUACUCAGCAUUAUUAUUAAACAUUCAAAAAAUAACAUCGAAUCGGAUUUACAGUUGUAA